CGCAGCGAAGCCGCGCGCCCGUCUGUCGCGUCUGUGAUAGUCGCCGAAUAUAUUACUGUGUUUUAGACUAUGUGUACUGAGUGAAUCACAGAUAACAUAAUGCGAGCGUGGUUAGUGCUGGCGCUGCUGGCUUGUGCCACCGCUGAUGAGGCGCAGGACCCUGAGGGUCUGAUGGACGUGGCUGCAGAAACGGUGCCUAACACAGAUUACUCUGUGUACGUGGGGCGAUGGACGGAGUGUUCCCCUCUAGGUGAGGGGGAACAUGCCACCAGGUCUUUACUGAGGUUCAAUGUGCACGCUGAGUCGGACUCCCUGGUGCACUCUCCGAGGCUGGGGCUGCAGCGGCGGCAGGUGCAAUGCCGGAAAAAAGAUGGCCAGUUUGUGGAGAACAUGUAUUGCGGCGCUGCUCUAGCACGUGUCGGGACCUCACGCAUCUGUAUCUUGCAAGAAGACUGCUCUCUCGCCGAAUGGAUGCCUUGGAGGCCGCGGACGGAUGGUGCGCUGGUACGGACGAGGCGCGUUCGGAGGUUACCACACGGCAACGGAAAGGAAUGCGACGUAGUGGAAGAGGUCCGACCAGCCGCUUUGGAAGCGACAGCCCACUGGACCCCUGGACCAUGGGGCGACUGCAAUGUGGCCAUUGAGAUGACUGUUACGCCUAAACCUGCAAACGACGACGACAACGACGAAGCAGACGACGACGCAAUCUACGACGACGACGAGUCGGACGACUUGGACGAUCGUGACGCAAGUCCCGCGAGUUGCGGCGGCGGCGUACAAAGACGGGAAGCGAGUUGUGUGAGGGCUGAUGGAAGAGCGUUGCAUCCUGUCCAGUGUGCUCAUGCGCCGAUGCCUACGCUUGUGCAGCCCUGUGAGGUCCCUUGCCCACGCGACUGUGAAGUAGGGGAGUGGAGUGAAUGGGAAGCCUGCCAACCUACUGAUAAAUGCCCCUUAAAUCCGGUGCAGCAGCUAACUAGCAGUGGCUACAGCGUCCGUCACCGCCGCGUAACCGCAGCCGCGUCCGGCGGCGGCGCGCCCUGCCCGCCUCUAGAAGAGAAGCGAACUUGCGCCGCCCCACGCUGUGCAGCGUGGAAACCCCUGCCUUGGGGUUCUUGUGUGUUAAACCAACCGCACACUACGUGUGGUCCUGGGCGGAGAAGCCGAGAACUAAGAUGCAUUGGACAUAAUGGGAAGGAGGCCCCUCUUGCAUGGUGCAGCGACACGGGCGCGCCGGCGCGCACGGAGCGCUGCCGCAUCGCGUGCGCCGGCGACUGCGUGGUGUCCGCCUGGGCCGCCUGGCGCCCGUGCCGCGCGCCCUGCGCCGCCGCCGCGCGCCCGCCGCCCACCCGGACCCGCGCCCGCCACAUCCUGGCCCACGCCUCACCAGAUGGCUGGCCGUGUCCAUCCGAAGACCAGUUAGUCCAACACGAAACCUGCAACACACACGCCUGUGCCACGUACUCUUGGCUGGCAACACCCUGGGGGCCCUGCGAGCGCCGCCAGGACUACAUGCCCGUCUCCAACUACACCGACCUGCUGGACGGAGAAGCAUUUAACGAAAGCGCCGACGAAGAGCCUUGCGUUGAAGAAGGAGAAAUGACCAGAGACGUGAUGUGCGUGCAAAAUAAUGCAGACGUCGUCCGUGAAGCUUUAUGUGCGCCGCUCCGUCGGCCAGCCUCCCACCGCGCCUGCACGGUGCGGUGUCGCCGAGGUUGCCGUGUCGAGGCCUGGAUGCCGUGGUCUCCUUGUCCUAAUACUUGUGAUCCCGGCAAGCAGAUCCGCGUCCGCGUUGUGCACGGCGGGCCGAGUUGCGGUCCCGCACAGGAGACUCGUGCAUGUCCCGUGGCGCGCUCGUGUCGUGCGCGUGACGCGGCCUGGGUCGCCGGCGAGUGGAGCACGUGUCGCCUGCCGCCUGGGGAGAGAGCUGGCAUCGGGCAUAGAGUCAGAAGUAUCUGGUGUGGCUCCGCCUCUCAUCGCGUGAACGCGGGAGCUUGCGCCGGGCAGCUGGUGCCGCAGAGUGUCGCGGCUUGUCGUGUGCCUUACGACACUGUUGUUGCCUCGGUUACCUGUGAGCACGUCUGCGCUGACCCACUAAAAUUCUUGGACGCAUCUGACCCAGACAUCCCCACAUGCACCUGCAAGAACGUAUCUCUGGAACUCCUGCCUACUGACUCUGACUGCAUUCUGCCUCCCGGCACUGAAUGUGGAGAAGGGAGAGCACUAAGAGCCGCACGCUGCAUGUUCGGCGGACGAGAUGUGCCCAUGGAUGUGUGCAAGAAGUUCCACCCUCUCACUGGUCCCAGUCGAGUCCGCGAAGCAUCCACCGACGGCUACACCUAUGACGAGGAGUUCCCAUCACUAUUGCGUGGAGCGUGCAGCGUGCGCUGCGCGCGCGACUGCGGCGCCGGCGCCUGGGGCGAGUGGGGCCCCUGCGCCGCCGAGGCCGGCUCCCGGGCCGCCUUCCGGUACCGGACCAGGGAAGUGCUAGAAGAAGGCUCAGCGGGCGGCCGUGAGUGCGGUGCGACUCUCCAACGAGCAACCUGUGUCGUCUCCGAACCGCGCUGGGUGCUCGGCGAGUGGUCGGUGUGCGCCCCGCAUCGUGUUCUCUGCGGCCGCGCCAUCAUCAACCGCACCAUCGCAUGUGAAGACGGCGAAGGCAACGUCCUCGAGGACCCAGCGUGCGAAGCAGCGGGUGCAGGCGGCGCGCCAUCACGUGACGCAACUUGCCGCGCGCCCUGCCCGGGGGACUGCGUUGUCAGCGCCUGGUCUGACUGGAGCCCUUGCGAACAGACUAAAUGGGGUGGUAGACGUGACAGAACACGAGUGGUACUACGUCCAGCGGCUGAAGGUGGAACUGCUUGCCCUGCACUUGUCAGCGCAGAACCCUGCUCCCCGCACUCCUACUCCUGGCACGUGUCGCCCUGGGAUGACUGCCAGCCGUUGGGUGGCUCACCGUGUGGUGAAGGAACGAAGAGACGAUCCGUCCGCUGCCUGCGAAGUGAUGGCGUCUUUGUCAACGACACUUUCUGUCCCAACACGACAUCAACGGAAGCGCGUGAGUCUUGGUGCUAUGUGCCAUGCGGAGUGGACUGCGAAUUAAGCGAGUGGAGCGCUUGGGACGCCUCCGCUUGUUCCUGUGGAGACGCGGCCUCUGCCCGACAUAUGAGACGCAUCAGACAACGGCUAACUAUGGCGGUGUGGCCCGGGCGCUCGUGCCCGGCCACCGAGCAGCGCGCGCCGUGCCCGCGCGCGCCGUGCCUGCGCCUGCUGGCGCGCCCCGUGCUCGGCUGCCACGUGCAGACAUCAUCAGGUCAAGAAGCCGACGGUGCCUGCGGCUGGGGCGUGAAGAUCUCCCGCGUGCGCUGCGAGCUGGCGGGCGCCGGCGACGACGGCUCCGACGCGUACCUGGAGCCCUGGCGCUGCGCCCCCGCGCUGCCCGGUCGCAUCGUGGCGCCACCGCUGCACUAUCAGGAGGAGACGUGUGAAGUGGAGUGCGGCUGCAAGGAGUCAGAGACGGGACAGCCGGGUCCGUGGGGCGCGUGGGGCCCGUGCCGCGGCGGCGCCCGCAGCCGCUCGCGGCAGCUGCUCGUGCCGCCCCGGGAGGCCUGCCGCACGCCCGCCAGAUACGUGACGAUCGAGUGGGCGAACUGCACCGUAGGCGAGGAAACUGACCUGCUGGUGUAUGAGCCGCGCGACGAGACUCCGCGCCGCGCCUGGCUCGACACUGACUAUCACGAUGGUUAUAUCGAGGGAAGCAGUUCUUUGCUGGCCGUGGUGUGGACCGCCACUGUCGUACUCAGCGUGUACGGCGCUUUCAUGUUGUACCGCGGACUGAUCAGAUGUCUUCGGAGCCGAAAGCUGAAGACCGUCACCAAGGUGUAAGCCAACAAGGACUUACUCUGAGACUCGUCACCCUGAGCGCAAGCCAGGCCCUUUACUGGACCUCCCCAGGUCCUUUUUGUUGUCUGUUUACCCCUUAAGUUUACGUGUCUGUUAAACGUUAAGUUUACUUUCCGCUUACCAAAGAUUACGUUUAACGUUUGUGAUAUGUUGCUCUCUUCCUUGUUAAUGUAUUGCGAAUAAGGGAUUCCGUAACUUCAUAUCAUCUAAGAUAUGCUACAUUUACAGUGUAUGACAGUAUGUAAUUAGUAUUAUUGAUAUAUCAACUAUAGCCAGCAACAGUCUGUCCGCAGGAGUGCUUCCAUUAUACGACUUAUGCUAAUUUAGACGGUUUUGAUAACUUUUCCAAGCAAACGAUCACCGAGUGACGGCUUCGGGCUUCUGGAUUGACAAUAUGUAUUGUGUAGUGGUCGUACCCACUUAGCGUGGGGUCCGCCCGUAUCACUCGUCCUUAAGACUUGUUUUUAAUGGCAGCGUAUGGUGGAUUACACACGGUACUGCGCUUCGUGCGAAGUAAUUAGUGUCGGUUAAGACUAGGAUCCCUUGAGUCAUCUGCUUUAUGAAUAGACUGUGUUUUUCAGACUCAUAUAUUAAUCGGGUCUAUCGCGAAUUUAUUAUGUUACCUUUAUUUACCGACGUUUCGACACAAGUUUCACUGGUCGUGGUCAUAUAAUUAAGUCUAAAGUCGUUACAACUUGUAGACUCGGGCUUUUGUAGAGAUUUAGAACUAAUUUUUCUUACAAAAAAUCUAAAUACAAAGACUCGAGUUUUUUCAACACUAGAAGUAAUAUGUACUAAUGCUAAUUUAGAUAGGAAAGUAAACCAUGUGGUCAAAAUACCGCGUGGAAAAUAGGAAAAUGCGGUGGCGUGUGUUAUCCGCCAAACGCUGGGCGUAGAAGUCUAGCGUAGGCGCAGGAGAUUUGAUUAGAUUGUCUUAGAGACCAAGUAAGACGUGACACAUCAUUCCACAUAUCAGCUAAAUUUAUAAAGUCGUAUCGUCUUCUGUACCGACUGAUAGGUCACGGGAAUAUUGCCCGCUCGCAGAAGACCAACAGCUUCAGAUAUCAUUGCGUAGAGCUUUGGCGCACAAAUAACUAAUUUAUGAAUAGAUUAAGUACUUAUAUUAACCUGAUCAUACAGUUUCGAGAUAAUAAUCGUGUAUAACACUUUUUUGUAGAUUUUGCAUUUAAACCCAUGUAUUGUGACGGGUAUUUAUAAUGUGAGUGUGUUCUCGACUACCUUCAACGUUUCCGUUCUUUGGUCUUCGUCUGUCUAAAGGAAUCUCUAUGUACUUAUAUCAAAAUAUCUUUAUUUUCCGAUACGCAUAAGUUAUUAUAUGUCUACUAUAAAAUCUAAUGUUAUUGCUUACGGCAAAUUGUUCGCCUCAUCUCGUUCCUUUACGACAAUAUUGAAAUAACUUAUUUUUAUAAAGCAACAUUUGUUUGAGAGAUUCGCUACUAUGUCUACUUUUCUAUUCUUGUCACUGCUAUAGUUUCCGCCCUGAACUGACUCGUGUACCGUAUCGUAACCAUGUAUAUCAUUAGGUAUGUACCUACGCCAUACAAGAUAUUGAUGUGAAACAUGAUAGUUAAGGGAUCGUGUUAGACAAUACAAUAUUUGAUAUUUAAUAAAAUUUGAUUGUGUUUUGAUAAA